AUGGCGCGUUCGCCUCUAGCUUCCUCUUUUGUGGCGGCACUCCUCGUAACCGCGCUAUUCGCAUCAUGCACUCAGUUUAGACUCGUCUCCAAUGGACUGCUUGGGAAUCGCAUCCCGAAUCGACCAGCACAAGUCACUAGCACCGUCGCUAGUACCGUGUCCGACUUAAAAUCCGCGCUACAAGCGCAAGCCUUUUUGCUAGAAGAGGCGCUGUCGCAAUCGCUCAACAAGCUUGCAACCGCGUUGAACGACAACGCAUCCGCGGCGACAUUGGCGCUUCAAGCGCAGAUUUUCGCCCUCCAGAGCAGCAUCGACGCUCUAAACGCAUGCAUUGCCAACCUCGACCUGAUUUUGUACCUUAAAAUCACCCGACCCGGCGGCGUUGCUCCUCAGGCGACUCCUAUCGCACUCCAGUCGCGCAUCUCGUCGCUAAGAGGCAGCAUCCCCGCUCUCAACAAACGCGCUACAUCGCUCAACACGGACCUGGCUGGCGUCCUCCCCAACCUCCGCGCGUUGCUGAGUCAGAGAGUGGCGGCGCUCACUGAGAGGGUGGGUGCACUUAAUCUGGACGUGUCGGCGCUCGCUGCGCAGGUGGACGCGCUGAUCGCCCCGCUGAGUGACGCCCUUGGCGUGGCGGACCUCGUGGCUCUGCUGCCGCACCCAGCAGGUCAGCCCCGCGAACCCUAA